CUGCUGCCGCCUCCUCCCCGCCCUCCCUCUCCCCCCGCCCACCCCGCGAGUCGGCAGAGAAAUGGCGGCUCCCGUACCCCUUCCGCGUCCCGUCACCCACCUGCUUUUUGACAUGGACGGCCUCCUUCUGGAUACCGAGCGGCUGUACUCGGCCGUGUUUGAGGACAUCUGCGGGCGCUACGGGAAGAAGUACAGCUGGGACGUGAAGUCGCUGGUGAUGGGCAAGAAGGCGCUGGAGGCGGCCCAGCUGAUUAGAGACACGCUGCAGCUCCCGAUGUCCGCGGAGGAGCUGGUGGAGGUGAGCCAGGCCAAGCUGAAGGAGGUCUUCCCCACGGCCACGCUCAUGCCAGUGCCUGGUGUUCGAAGACGCACCCAACGGGGUGGAGGCGGCCCUCGCCGCCGGGAUGCAGGUGGUCAUGGUCCCCGACGGAAACCUGAACCCAGACCUGACCUCCAAGGCCACCCUCGUGCUGGGUUCCCUGCAGGAUUUCCAGCCCGAACUGUUCGGCCUGCCGCCCUACGACUGAGACAGCGCCCACCCACCCCAACCCCGGGGGUCCCCGCCGGGAGAGGGCCGGGGGGACGCCCCAAGGAGCUGGAGGGAAGCCCCGCGCCCAGACCUUCCCCGGAACUGGCCUUCAGCCGCCAAGCCUUCUCACCCCGCAGAGGGCGGGACCCGCACUCUCCACUGGGGCCGUAAACCCUCACUUGACACGCAGAAGGCAGACCCGGCCCGGAACACAAGAUGGAAAAUUCUCACUCCAAUAAAUCGAAUUUAGUGUCCGAAUAAUUCAGCUUCACGUCCUUUAUCUUCUUUGGUGUUCUCAACCCUGGCUGGCAACUGUAAAAUAUGUAUGCAUAUAUGUAUGUGCUUGUAUGUAUAUAUAUGUAGGUACAUAUUUAUUUAUAUUUAUAGACAUCGAGUACUGUAUCCUCUUCAGUGUUUUUUCAUCUUCACAGGCAGUAGCCACUGAUACAAGUGAGGUGCUCAUUCUGUUUGUAAUCUGAGUGGGAAAUUCACAUCACGGGUGAGCUUUUAAUAAGCGACGCUCUUUAUCAGUAGACGGUGGCAUUCUUCCUGUGUCCUUCAAAGUGCUCUGGACCUGUGGUCAGAGCUCAUGACCACGAUCAUCCAUCGUUUGCCUUUGGUGUGAACAUCAUUGUAGCCUACAUCUUAUAUCAAGGUGCAUAUGCACGUUCGAGAACAUUUUCUACCUCAGAGAAAUCGUUUCCUUUAAGAUCAUUUAUUUUUCUAAUACGCUCUUUGGUACAGAUAGAAUUGGACUGGAGAGUGCAGUCUUGGUACCACCAAGAACCCAUUUGGGGAACAGUUUAUCGGACAUUACGCUCUGGUGAUUAAUGCCUUCUAAUAGAUUUCCUUCAGAAACCUGGCACGCUGCAGUCCAUGGGGUCGCAAGGAGUUGGACACGACAUAGCAACUGAACAACAGGCUUCCUCAGCCUUUGCGAUGGGAACGUCAUUGAAAAUGAGAAUAAUAUAAUCACGGGGUGUUCCUACUGGGUGGCCCCCCCAAGUAUUCUCUGUUACUGAUUGUCUUGAGCUGAUUUUCAACUGUGUAAGGUCUUAGAAAAAUGAUAGAAAUAUGUGUUAUGGUGAUGAUUGUUCGUGAUUAUUUCUGGCCUUUGACCAGUUUUGCACCAUUUCAGCAAAUUGAUCUCAAUAUUUCUUGAUGGCCCCGUAUGCGUGUCUGUUCUUUGAAUUCUCCCUGAAAUUGCUUGUAACAUCUUACUGUUUCCCUCACCAGUUAAUUUCAUUGAAUAAAAGUUUUGACUCUUG